CUCAGCUCCACCUUUGGAUCGGUUAGUGGCGGUUUUAAAUUCAACCAACCAACCAAAGAACGGUUGAAAAAUUUUCAUUUUUUUUUAUUGGUUUUUCUUUUCUUUUUUUUUUGUUCACAUUUCAACAUUCCAAAUAUUUCCGUUUUGACGACACAUUAUCAUCAUCAUCAUCAUUAAUUAUGGAAAACAAUUAUCCUGGAAAACAAAUUUCUGUUCCAUCCAAUAAUGGAUCAAUUAAUCGAUUGAAAAUAUCGACAAAACGAAUAGCAAAUAAUAAUAAACGAUCGAAAUCAACAUCAUAUUUAAAAUCAUCAUCGACCAAUGGAAAAAAAUCGACAAAAGUAUCAUCAACAUCAUUAUCGAUUCGAUUAUCGGUUGCAAAACCGAUAGCUAGUAUUUCGGAAAAAUCGGAUAAAAUUAAAACCAUAUCUGUAUCAUCUGGAAUUCGUGAGAAAAAAGAUGGUUACAAUGUUCAUUCUAAACGUUCAUUGCUUAAAGAUAUUAAAAAUACGGCCAUCAAUAGUUUAACACAAGUUCGUCAUGGUUUCAAUACCAUUUCGACAAUGUUAAAGCCAUCAUCGAAAUCGAAUGGCGGUGAAAAUCAAUAUGAACAAAUGACUGGUGAUCAAUCGACACCGAUAAAAUUAUAUUCACCAUUCACCAUUGAAACACCACCAAUAUUGAUUAAACCAGAAGAAAGACAACGAUUACGGCAACAAUUAUUUACAAGUCCACGUAAUCAAUUACGAAAUGAUAUUGAAAAUUUACAAUCCAGAAUCGAACAUUUAAAUUUGAUGGCCAAAAAUAUUGUACCGAAUCAAUAUAGACAAACGAAUCAUCAUGAUGAUGAUAAUGAAAAUGAACGACAAUCAUCGGUGGAAAAAUCUUCAAAACGAUUAAUAAUGUUUCAAUCGGAAGAAAGUUUAAUCUGAAUACAAUCAUCUAAUUAGUUUAUGUGACAUAUAAAUCAUGUUUUUUUAUGAUUAAUGAUUAACUGAAUUGGAAUAAAAAUUAAUAUUUUUUUUUGUUUCUUCUUA